GGUUCUAAUAGUAGUUCUUACUUCUUACGACAUAUUUUAAUAGUUUCUCGGACUAAGAUUGCAUGUUAUGUGAUAAGGUGUGAGGCUAUACGUAUAUAGACAUUAUGCUGUGGACUGUAGUUAGUUGUGUUUGUGUUGAGAAGUAAAAGGUAAAAUGAUAGAUUUGAGUGACCUCGAUGCCCUGGUAAUAGACAACGGAUCAGGAAUGUGUAAAGCAGGGUUUGCAGGAGAUGAAGAUCCCAGAGUGGUGUUUCCGUCGAUUAUUGGCAGACCUAAAUACUCGGCUAUUAUGCUUGAUGUAGAUCUAAAGGACAGUUAUAUAGGCGAUGAAGCCCAAAGAAAAAGGGGAAUAUUAUCCUUAGAAUAUCCAAUAAAACAUGGAAUAAUUAGUAAUUGGGAUGAUAUGGAGAAAAUUUGGCACCACACUUUUCAUAACGAAUUAGGAGUAUCACCAGAUGAACAUCCUGUUUUAUUAACCGAGGCACCAUUCAAUCCUAAAAUCAACAGAGAAUUAAUGACACAGAUCAUGUUUGAAACAUUUAAUACCCCUGGAUUUUAUGUGGCUCUACAAGCUAUUCUUGGAGUUUAUGCCUCUGGAAGAUGUAGUGGAAUAGUGGUGGAUUCUGGAGAUGGUGUAUCUCAUGUUAUACCAGUAUAUGAAGGUUACGGUAUUCCAUGCGCCAUUAAUAGACUGGAUUUAGCAGGAAGUGAUUUAACUGAGUAUUUACAACGGAUACUAAAUGAACGUGGACAUGGUUUCACAACAAAAGCUGAAUUAGAGAUAGUUCGAGAUAUAAAGGAAAAGCUUUCUUAUAUUGCUGAAGACUUUUCAGCAGAAAUGAACAAAGCAGAGUGUACAUCUAUGUUAGAAAGUAGUUAUGAACUACCAGAUGGUCAAGUUAUUACGAUCGGUGAUGAAAGAUUUCGAUGUCCAGAAGUUUUGUUUCAACCCUCACUUGCUGGUAGAGAGGAUAGAGGGAUACAUAAGAUGAUAUAUGAUAGCACUAUGAAGUGUGAUAUGGAUACUAGAAGAGAUUUUUAUGUUAAUAUAAUUCUCUCGGGUGGUAAUACAAUGUUUCCUGGAAUAGAAAAACGGUUGACUAAAGAAAUGGUGUCUCUACUACCCCAGACUAAGGCAGUUAAAAUUGUCUCUCCACCAGAGAGAAAAUACUCCGUGUGGAUUGGUGGAUCGAUUGCAGCAUCUUUAUCAACAUUUAAACAUUACUGGAUAACAAAACAGGAAUACAAUGAAUGUGGACCAAGUAUUGUUCAUAGAAAAUGUAUUUGACGGCACCUCAAUAAUAUUAAUACUCACAUAACUGAACUUCUAGGCGGAGUUGGUUUCUAAUGCCUCCAUACAUCCCAUAGUCGUGCAAAACCGCCCGUGCUACCUCUAACAUCCAGUGUGCAAAAGUCAAAGGCCACUCUAAACUAUGUCUCAAGCUGUAGAAAAUGUAAAUAAAAAGAUAUCUCUGCAACACGCUUUCGAAUUUUAAAGGUGUAUUAUGUAAGAUUUAGUUAAAUAGCUGGUCGUUCUUCGUAUAAAAGUUCAAAAAUAGAUAAUAAAAAAUGAAUAUAUUGAAAAUUUCAUUGAAAUUACUCUAUUCUGAGCGAAGUUAUGGGUGCUGGAAGAUGGGGCGCAUUUUAAAAUUUUAAUACGAUCGCCAUUUAAUGAUUUAAAAAUCAUUAAAUGGCGACCGUAUUUCAAUCUGUUUAAAUCUCCGCCAUCCGAUAGUAUAGAGAGUUGAUUAUGGGCUUGUCAUGUUAAUAAUUGUUUAAAUAAUAGUUUAUAUAACAUUUGAAGGCAACAUAGAAAUUAGCAAUGGGCAGAUUUAGUUCUUACAUAAUGCAUCUUUAAGAUCUAAAAAUUUUGAAAUUAUGCUUCAAUACGCAAAGUUCUAAUGAAUUACGUGAAUGGUGGAUAGGUUUAGGACUCGAAGCUAACUUGGCCUAAAAAUAUAGGGUCGGUCCGUCGGAAUACCUUUUUUUUCUUUGUUAUUCUCGUGGGGUUGGGGUGAUGGGUAAUAAGGGACUGAACUGAUUGAACCAAUAAGCUAAUUAGUAGGUAUUAUAUUAGGUCACUUGAUUAUGCCACACAUAUGUCGAUGCCAUGGAUACUUUUAGUCUCGAUACGUUGUCCUGUCAUUUUAAAUACAUUACAUGCUUAUUUUCUUCGUAACAUUUCCAGCUAAGACCGAUUUCAAAGACUUGGGGAAUAGGUAAAAAAAAAACGUUUAGGGUUGGCGAUUUUGGAUCCAUCAAAUCGAGUCGGUCGGUUAACCGUAAACACGUUGAAUACGUUGAAAAAUGUUUUCCCCAAUCUUAAGGCUAAAGUUAUCACCCCUUUCACUGUAAUUCUUUUUCAUCAGACGAUUGCCGAUAACCCGAAAAAUGAUCUGAUUACCAUUACAUGUUUUGUAUAAAAAAUAUUAGUAUCAGGAAAAGCUAGAAACCAAUCAAAUUUUAAUGAUUUGUACUCUUGAUCAGUUUGUAGUGUCUUAUAAUGCUCCCAUUAUCUACAAAAAUCCGUGUUGGCUGUACAGACGACAUAGCUGCUGUGGGCGCAUGUUUCGUUGCCAUGCAAUCUAUUUUUGUGUAACUGAGUAUAGGCAACAUAUUUUCUUUGACUAUCUCUUAUCUUAACUACUCACUUUGUGUAGUCCUUUUAUAGACCCCUAUUUUGUGAUUAAAAUGAUAGAUUGUCAUGGAUUUUUUACCAGUAAAUAAUUAAUUUGUGUUCACUCUCUGAAAUCAAUUUCACUUUUAGCAAUAUAACUUGGAUUUCGUGAUCCUUAACCAUACAAAUCAGAACUUUCAAAGUAUGACGUCCAUCGAAGUUGUUUUCCAAAAGUCUUCUUUUAAACUUUAAUUAUUAUUUCGAGUAAAUGUUGCACAAAUAUGGGGACUUAAUCAAGUCUGUCUUAAACAACAAGAACUGUGAUAUAUAUUAUGUGAUAUUGAUGAACAUAAUCAUAAUUGUAU